CUGACCCCGCGACGUUUCGUUUUUAGUUCAUUUCAGAUUUGACAAGUAAAUCUGCCAGCAAUUAUUAAUUGAAUGUGAAAGAAACCAGUGCAAUGGCAUUUUCGCAGUCGUUUGAUUUCGGAAACAGCACCUUGAUGGCACUGGAAAAGGGUAUGCAAGCGGCCGAAAAGGAGAAUGCACAGCGCGGAAACGGAAACAUCCAAGUUCAAAGUGCUGGUGAGGACUUAAAGGGGGAAAUCCAGGAAAAUUACUCGGAGUUUUUCCGGGACGAGUUCUCCUAUGAAGUGAACCAGGCCAAGAAGCCAGCGGAACAAUCAGUGGUCAAUGUGUCCCAGGUUGAACAGCAUCUAGCAGUUGCAUCCCAUCAGAACUCUGUUGAUGAGAGCAGCUCAUCCGCAUUGAAUGCCCAGAUUUGCACAGAGAAUGUGUUCGACAGCGAGGGCACAGACGCGGAUGCAGUGCUGGAGCUGCCCAAUCUGGACGAGAGCAGUUUUCUGUGUCCUCCGCAGGAUGCAGAGGCUUCCAAACAGCUGAAGGAGGACAUCCUGCUCAGCCGUUCCCUCCUGGCCAAGCAGGGAGGCUACCACGAGAUCUCGCAAACCACACAGAACCUGAGCAGCAUGUCGCCCAACCAAUUGCGAGUGUCGCCCAACUCUUCGAGGAUCCGCGAAGCGUUGCCCGAAACAGCAGCUAUGCCUCCUGACCUUAACUCCCUUAAGUCAGUGAGCGCGUGGAAUCUGCCCUUCAGCAUUCAGGCGGAGUACAAGAAGAAGGGCGUCGUCCAGAUGUUCGACUGGCAAGUGGAGUGUCUCUGCAAGCCAAGAGUGCUUUUCGAGCACUGCAACCUGGUGUACUCCGCACCCACGUCGGCGGGCAAGACGUUGGUUAGUGAGAUACUGCUGCUGAAAACCGUACUAGAGCGCGGUAAGAAGGCGCUGCUCAUACUGCCCUUCAUCUCAGUGGUGCGCGAGAAAAUGUUCUACCUUCAGGAUCUGCUCACACCGGCUGGCUACCGCGUGGAGGGUUUCUACGGCGGCUAUACACCACCAGGAGGCUUUGAGAGCCUUCAUGUGGCAAUUUGCACAAUUGAGAAGGCCAACUCCAUUGUGAACAAGCUGAUGGAGCAGGGCAAACUGGAAACCAUAGGCACGGUGGUGGUCGACGAAGUGCAUCUCAUUUCGGACAAGGGACGCGGCUAUAUCCUGGAACUACUGCUAGCCAAGAUCCUCUACAUGUCCCGUCGCAAUGCACUACAGAUCCAGGUGAUCACCAUGUCGGCCACACUUGAGAAUGUGGAACUGCUGAAGAACUGGCUGGAUGCCGAGUUGUACAUCACAAACUACCGACCCGUUGCUCUUAAGGAAAUGAUUAAGGUAGGCACAGGGAUCUUCGACAACCAUCUAAAGCUUCUCCGUAAUGUUUCCGAGCAAAGGGAAAUUAGGGAAGAACUGGUAAACGACUCCGAUGAUGUGGCUUUUCUCUGCAUUGAGACGUUGCUGGAGGGCUGCUCCGUAAUCGUGUUUUGCCCCUCGAAAGAUUGGUGCGAGAACCUGGCCGUUCAAUUGGCCACCGCAAUGCACGGCCUUAUAAAGUCUGGAACAGAGCUGGGCCUACGGUUGCGCACCAAUCUGAAUCCGAGGGCCAUCGAAGAGGUGAAGCAACAACUAAGGGAUAUUCCAACAGGUCUCGAUGCGGUAAUGUCAAAGGCGGUCACUUACGCCUGUGCAUUUCACCAUGCUGGCUUAACAACGGAAGAGCGCGACAUUGUGGAAGCCUCAUUCAAGGCGGGAGCAUUAAAGGUUUUAGUCGCCACCAGCACCCUGAGUUCGGGAGUGAAUCUGCCCGCUCGGCGGGUGCUGAUACGCUCGCCUUUAUUUGGGGGCAAGCAAAUGAGUUCCCUAACGUACCGCCAGAUGAUCGGACGAGCUGGGCGCACGGGAAAGGAUACGCUGGGUGAGUCAAUUCUCAUCUGCACCGAGAGCAACGCCCGAAUCGGAAGAGAUGUGGUCACAGCGCAGCUGCAGCCCAUUACUUCCUGCCUAGAAAUGGACGGAAGCACCCACUUGAAACGCGCUCUACUCGAGGUAAUUUCUUCUGGUGUGGCGAGCACUAAACAAGACAUUGACUGCUUCGUGAAUUGUACUCUGCUGAGUGCCCAAAAGGCCUUUCAGGCUAAGGAGAAACCACCAGAUCAGGACUCAGACUCCCACUACAUUAACGAUGCCCUUGACUUCCUGGUGGAGUACGAGUUCGUUCGCCUUCAAAAGGACGAGGAAGAGGAGACAACAGCCUACGUGGCCACUCGUCUUGGUGCCGCUUGUCUGGCUUCCUCCAUGCCGCCCACUGACGGCCUCAUCCUCUUUGCGGAACUCCAGAAAUCUCGUCGCUGCUUCGUCCUAGAGUCCGAGCUACAUGCUGUUUACCUAGUAACGCCCUAUUCUGUGUGCUACCAACUACAAGACCUCGACUGGCUGAUUUACCUAGAUAUGUGGGAAAAGUUAAGCCCAGCCAUGAAAAAAGUAGGCGAACUGGUUGGGGUCAAGGAGGCCUUUCUCGUGAAGGCGAUGCGUGGCCAAACAAAAUUGGACUACAAGCAAAUGCAAGUGCAUAAGCGUUUCUACACAGCGCUGGCUCUGCAGGAACUGGUUAACGAGACCCCCAUAAACGUUGUGGUGCACAAGUUUAAGUGUCACCGAGGAAUGCUACAGAGCCUGCAGCAAAUGGCCUCAACCUUCGCAGGCAUAGUUACUGCUUUCUGCAACUCCCUGCAGUGGUCUACACUCGCCUUGAUCGUGUCCCAGUUUAAGGAUCGUCUCUUUUUCGGCAUCCACAGGGACCUUAUCGACCUGAUGCGGCUGCCCGAUGUGUCGCAGAAACGAGCUCGUGCUCUUUUUGAUGCUGGACUCACCAGUUUGGUGGAGCUGGCGGGCGCAGAUGUCCUAGAAUUGGAGAAAGUGCUCUAUAACUCACUCAGCUUCGACUCUGCAAAGCAACACGACCACGAAAAUGCGGAGGAGGCGGCCAAGAGAAACGUAGUGAGAAACUUCUUUAUCACCGGCAAGGCGGGGAUGACAGUGAACGAAGCUGCAAAACUAUUGAUUGGAGAAGCUCGGCAGUUCGUCCAGCACGAGAUCGGAAGGGGUAUCAUUAAGUGGACCCAAACUCCGGAGGGCGUCAACGAAAGUUCGAAGUCAGUACACAAUGGCGGAGAGGUAGACCUUCACAUGUCCCUUGAGGAGGAGCAGCUGCCAUUAAAGAGGAAAUUGUCCAGCGAAGAAAAAAGUGCCUAUUCGCAAAAGAUUCCAAGACUUGAAAAACUUGUGGAGGGUGAAAAUAACCCACAGAGAAAUUAUACAGUUGAUACCCUCAAUUGUAUUAAUAAUAUUGCUAGUCAAAUGAAGAAGAAAGAAACAGCUCAAGGACUAAAUCGUCAAGAAAAUAGGUCAUCUUCCAGUUUUAAUGCCAAUCAGAAACAAGGUUCUGAGAUUGCGAAGGAAAUCAACACAGCAGCUCCGAUUUAUAGACCACAAAUAGCAAAUGAAGAACAACCCAGCACCAGUCAAAAUGCCCGUAAGGAGCUGCUUAAAAUGGAAAUGGCCGAACGCCGCAGGAUCGCUGUAGAUAAGAUUCAGGAACGCGGCAAAAAAGAGAACCAGUCUGAGGAUCAGCCUAUACAGGCGCCAAGGUCUGCCUCACUUUCAAGUCCUGUUAUUAGAACACCAGCUAAUCGAAGAACACAAUCGGAAACGCCAACCAAAAGGAUGAACCCUGCUGUCGAAAGCAAUGGUCAACUGUCUCGCAGAAGUCCUCGAAAUCACACGCAGUCACCGCUACCCACUCCAAAUCGCACUGCGUCGAGGAAGGCAUCCACCGUAGAGGAGGACUUGUUCAUGGCUGACGAUUCUUUUAUGCUGAACACCGGUCUAGCCGCUGCCCUUACGGCCGCCGAAAGCAAAGUUCCUUCUCCUGCGGAGGCGGACAUGAUACCUAGUUCGCAGCCCAAGGAACCGGAGGUGGUUGGUACACUGACUCCACAUGCAUCCAGACUGAUGCGCUCCUACCAGUUGCGUUCACAGCGCCUGCAAAGUCCCAGUCCCACCACGCGGCGUGAAAUCGAAAUGGAUUCAGAAGUGAAAAGCUCAUCUAGUGCAGCCUCCUCUAUGGAAAUCUCGAACAUGUCGAUGGAGAAUUCACUAAUGAAAAAUCCUUUACAUCUGAAUGCCUCACACAUUAUGAGCUGUUCAAAAGUCGAUGAUAUUGCCUCAAGUUUCUCUAGUAUAGAUAUAAUAAAUGUGUGUGGCCACCGACAGCUGUUUCAAGCUGCUGUCAUAGAGCUCAAUGAAGUCCCCCGUUUUGGACUUUGCGUUGCCCUGCAGGCUCAAGCGGGCAGACGGAAGCCCCUAAUUGGAGCCAACCUGUUGAUCAAUCAAAUUGCGGCGGCCGAAGAGCGGGAGGCGGCUGUCGGAGAACAGGUGCUAUUUCAGGUGGACGACAGCAACUUUAUCGCUGGUUUGUCUUUCUGCCUGGCGGACAAUGUUGUCUACUAUAUGAAUAUGCAAAAUGACGACCGUGCAACAGGUCAGGGAGUGCCCACCAUUCUAAAGGUGCAGGAACUCUGCAAGCUGUUGGCUCGAAAAGAUCUCACUAUAGUCAUGCACGACGGAAAGGAGCAGCUGAAGAUCCUUCUCAAAGCGAUUCCGCAGCUUCAAAAAAUUUGCGCCAAGCUGGAGGAUCCAAAGGUGGCGAAUUGGCUUCUGCAGCCGGACAAAACAAUGACUUUUUACAAUAUGUGUCAGACAUUCGCUCCAGAGUGCACUGCCCUUGCCGAUCUCUGUGGGAGUGGUCGUGGCUAUAGCAGCUACGGACUCGAUACCUCCAGUGCCAUUCUUCCGAAGAUUAGGGCGUCCAUCGAAGCCUGCGUAACGGUUCACAUACUCAAGGGACAGACUGAGAACCUUGGAAGGAUCGGCUCGGGUCAGCUGCUAAAGUUUUUCCACGAUAUCGAAAUGCCCAUUCAAUUGACUCUUUGUCAUAUGGAGUUUGUGGGCUUUCCAGCCCAGCAGCAGCGACUACAACAGCUCUACCAGAAAAUGGUGGCCGUUAUGAGGAAACUGGAAACAAAGAUUUACGAGCAGCAUGGUUCCCGUUUCAAUCUCGGCUCGUCACAAACCGUGGCCAAGGUGCUGGGCCUCCACCGAAAAGCAAACGGACGAGUAACCACCUCGCGCCAGGUUCUCGAGAAGAUAAACUCGCCCAUUUCGCAGUUGAUACUGGGCUACCGAAAGGUGGCUGGGCUUUUGGCCAAAAGCAUUCAGCCUCUGUUGAAGUGCUGCGAGGCGGACAGAAUUCAUGGCCAGAGCAUUACAUAUACGGCAACGGGUCGUAUCUCUAUGACAGAGCCGAACCUGCAAAAUGUGGCAAAGGAAUUCUGCAUACAGGUAGGUUCUGAUGCGCUCAGAAUAGCCUGUCGGUUACCAUUCGUGCCCAAGGAUGAGGAUCGAUGUCUUUUGUCGGCUGACUUCUGUCAGCUGGAGAUGCGAAUCCUUGCCCACAUGUCGCAGGAUAAGGCUCUGCUGGAGGUGAUGAACUCGCCGCAGGAUCUGUUUAUCGCAAUUGCGGCGCAUUGGAACAAAAUAGAGGAGUCCGAAGUGUCGCAGGAUCUCCGCAACAGUACUAAGCAUGUUUGCUACGGAAUUGUCUACGGCAUGGGCAUGCGCUCCCUGGCCGAGUCGUUGAACUGCAGUGAGCAGGAGGCUCGGAUGAUAUCCGAGCAGUUCCACCAGGCGUACAAGGGUAUUCGAGAGUACACCUCAAGGGUGGUCAAGUUCGCACGCAACCAGGGAUUUGUGGAGACUAUUACUGGACGGCGUCGCUAUUUGGACAACAUCAACAGUGAUGAGGAGCAGCUGAAAAAUCAGGCCGAGCGCCAGGCCAUUAACUCCACCAUCCAAGGAUCCGCUGCGGAUAUUGCAAAGAGCGCUAUUUUGAAGAUGGAAAAGAACAUUGAACGUUAUCGCGAUAAGCUGGUCUUGGGCGAUCAAUCAGUUGACCUGAUAAUGCACCUACAUGACGAACUCAUCUUCGAGGUGCCAGCGGCAAAGGCCAAAAAGAUAGCCAAAGUCCUUAGCCUCACCAUGGAGAACUGCGUGAAACUCAGCGUGCCCCUCAAGGUAAAGCUGAGGAUUGGACGCAGUUGGGGUGAAUUACAGGAGUUUAGGAUGUAGACUGUUACACGUUGUUAUAGUAGUUUAUUAUACCAUUUUAUAGAAUUUGUAA